UCCCAGAUGAAGGGUGAGGAGAGUUAUUCAAACAGAGGCUACAGCCUGAGUAAACCUCAGAGGUGAUAGGGAGCUUGCUGAAUUCAGUGAAAAGCUGACAUAAAGAGCAGAGUGACAAGAAACAAGGCUGGAGCCCCACAGAGGGCCUUGUGUGCCAUGAUAAAGAAUUUAGACUUAUCCUGAGGAUGAAGAGCAGUAAGCAGGUUCUAGGACCUGCUCAGUCAUCUUCAGUUCAGUGGUCCCAGUAGCACUUACACACCACACCUUGAGUGAUCCUGCUGUUGAUCAGGACCAGAUAAAUGCCCUCCUAGAGGUUUGUGGCCUGGGUUUUGCAUUUAGCCUCCUCAAGUGCAAGUGUUCCUCCAAGGACCACAUCCAUACUGGUGUCUCAUAGAAAAAGUGUUUCACGCCUCCUUCGAGAGGCAUAAGAGGCCAUAAUGUGGUCGCUGAGAGCCUGUCUUAGGGGCCAGACCUCAGAAAAGCAGAGGACUUGUGAAUGUUUCACACACUUCGCCCUGGGUGCCUGCUCUGGCUGAGAGCGCAUUAAAAGCCCCAGCGACCGAGGGGCAGGUGUUCAUCGAGGAAAGCAGAGUGGUCCCCACGCUGGAAAUGAGAAAGGAUGACAAUUUCCGAGACUGACUGUUGACGGCUUGGAGAUACCCCCUUUUCAAAAUGCCUUUUAAAGCAUUUGAUACCUUCAAAGAAAAAUUUCUGAAACCUGGAAAGGAAGGAGUGAAGAAUGCUGUGGGGGAUUCGUUGGGGAUUUUACAAAGGAAAAUCGAUGGGACCAGUGAGGAAGAAGGUAACAUUGAGCUGAAUGAAGAAGGAAGGCCAGUGCAGACAUCCAAGCAGAGCCCCCCACUCUGUGACUGCCACUGCUGUGGCCUCCCCAAGCGCUACAUCAUUGCCAUCAUGAGCGGGCUGGGAUUCUGCAUUUCCUUUGGGAUUCGGUGCAACCUUGGAGUUGCCAUUGUGGAAAUGGUCAACAACAACACUAUAUACGUUGAUGGAAAACCGGAAAUUCAGACAGCACAAUUUAACUGGGAUCCAGAGACGGUGGGCCUUAUCCAUGGAUCUUUUUUCUGGGGCUAUAUUGUGACACAAAUUCCAGGUGGUUUCAUUUCAAAUAAGUUUGCUGCUAACAGGGUCUUUGGAGCUGCCAUCUUCUUAACAUCGACCUUGAACAUGUUCAUUCCUUCUGCAGCCAGAGUACAUUACGGAUGUGUCAUGUGUGUCCGAAUUUUGCAAGGUCUAGUGGAGGGUGUGACCUACCCAGCCUGCCAUGGGAUGUGGAGUAAGUGGGCACCGCCUUUGGAGAGAAGCCGACUGGCCACAACUUCUUUUUGCGGUUCCUACGCGGGGGCAGUGAUUGCCAUGCCGCUGGCCGGCGUGUUGGUACAGUACAUGGGAUGGGCCUCUGUCUUUUAUAUUUAUGGUAUAUUUGGGAUUAUCUGGUACAUGUUUUGGCUGUUGCAGGCCUAUGAGUGUCCAGCAGUUCACCCAACAAUAUCCCAUGAGGAAAGGACCUAUAUAGAGACAAGUAUAGGAGAAGGAGCCAACUUGGUUAGCCUCAGUAAAUUUAAUACACCGUGGAAAAAAUUUUUUACAUCGUUGCCGGUUUAUGCAAUCAUUGUGGCAAAUUUUUGCAGAAGCUGGACCUUUUACUUGCUGUUAAUAAGUCAGCCUGCUUAUUUUGAAGAGGUCUUUGGAUUUGCAAUAAGUAAGGUGGGUCUCUUGUCAGCACUCCCACACAUGGUUAUGACAAUCAUUGUGCCUAUUGGAGGACAAUUGGCUGAUCAUUUAAGAAGCAGAAAAAUUUUGACCACAACUGCUGUCAGAAAAAUCAUGAACUGUGGAGGUUUUGGCAUGGAGGCAACCUUACUCCUUGUGGUUGGCUUUUCCCAUACCAAAGGGGUGGCUAUCUCCUUUCUGGUGCUUGCCGUAGGAUUUAGUGGUUUUGCUAUUUCAGGUUUUAAUGUCAACCACUUGGACAUUGCCCCCCGCUAUGCCAGCAUUCUCAUGGGGAUCUCAAACGGAGUGGGAACCCUCUCUGGAAUGAUCUGUCCCCUCAUUGUGGGCGCGAUGACCAAGCACAAGACCCGUGAGGAAUGGCAGAAUGUGUUCCUCAUAGCUGCCCUGGUGCACUACAGUGGCGUGAUCUUCUAUGGGGUCUUUGCUUCUGGGGAGAAACAGGAGUGGGCUGACCCUGAGAACCUUUCUGAGGAGAAGUGCGGAAUCAUUGACAGCGAUGAAUUAGCCGAGGAGAUAGAACUCAACCAUGAGAGUUUCACAAGUCCCAAAAAGAAGAUGUCGUAUGGAGCCACCACCCAGAAUUGUGAAGCCCAGAGGAAGGAAUGGAGCGGACAGAGAGGAGUGACUCUUGAUGAGGAAGAGCCGGCAUCCUACCAGAAUGAAGACGGAAACUUCUCAGAUACAUCCUAAUGUCUGAGGGGCACUUCUGGCUCCUCCUCACUUUAGAACCAGAAAGUAUCCAUACCUAUUGCUUUCUAUUGCCAGAGGGUCAACUCUAGGGACACUGGAUGUGGGGGAGGGGAGAGGAGGUUUACCUAGCAAUAGGGGAAAGAUAGAUAUUUUCUUGCAAUGACAACCUGCUCUAAGUUGAUAAAAUGGGUGGCUAUAAUGUUUUUGAUUGGCAGUUGACUCUUCUCUCUAAGAACUAAACUUAUUCAGGAAAAAAUGACUAGAAAUAUAAGAAAGACAAUACCAUGUUUUUCAAAGAAAAAUGGAAGGCAAUGGGAAUAUUUGGCCUGGAGGAGAGAAAACAAUAGUUGCCACUACAUUUCUGAGAGCAGCCAUGCAGAGGAGGGUUUCCUAUUCCUAAUAAAGGCCACGGCUUACAAAGGCCCUGUAUUGUGCCAGGUACUUUAUAACAUUCUCAUUUAAUCUCCACACCACUAUGACAUACAUUUUUUUUUUUUUUUUUUGCGGUACACG